CGGGUCCCAUCAAGCAAAUUUCCCCCCACCACCGCCCGGACACCAAACUCCUGGCUGGCUGCAGCAUUUGAUCCGCAUCUCUUUUGCUCCCAGGACUUCCCGCAUUCUCAACCUCCAAACCAUCCUCGGGCUCUUCGUUCGCAGGAAUCAGCCUUGCUCUCCAAGUUGCCUUGUCUUGCAAAGCAUCCUCACCAACACUCCCACCCGACACCACAGAGAACCCCUCGUCCUUCAAGAUGCGCGAGAUUAUCAGCAUCAACGUCGGCCAGGCCGGUUGCCAGAUCGCCAACUCUUGCUGGGAGCUCUACUGCCUUGAGCACGGCAUCCAGCCUGAUGGAUUCCUGACCGAGGAGCGCAAGGCCGCUGACCCCGACCAUGGCUUCAGUACCUUCUUCUCUGAGACCGGCCAGGGCAAGUACGUUCCUCGCACGAUCUACUGCGAUCUCGAGCCCAACGUCGUCGACGAGGUCCGCACCGGCCCCUAUCGCAGCCUUUUCCAUCCCGAGCAAAUGAUCACGGGCAAGGAGGACGCGUCCAACAACUACGCCCGUGGCCACUACACGGUCGGAAAAGAGUUGAUCGACCAGGUCCUGGAUAAGAUUCGCCGCGUCGCCGAUAGCUGCGCUGGCCUCCAGGGUUUCUUGGUCUUCCACUCGUUUGGCGGAGGUACCGGUUCCGGAUUCGGGUCGCUUCUGAUGGAGCGCCUGUCGGUCGACUACGGAAAGAAGAGCAAGCUCGAGUUCUGCGUUUACCCGGCGCCCCAGACCGCCACCUCGGUUGUCGAGCCUUACAACUCGAUUCUCACUACGCACACCACCCUGGAGCACGCCGACUGCUCCUUUAUGGUGGACAACGAGGCCAUUUACGAUAUCUGCCGCCGCAACCUGGGUCUCGAGCGUCCCAACUUUGAGAACCUGAACAGGCUGAUUGCUCAGGUCGUCUCUUCCAUCACCGCGUCGCUCCGUUUCGAUGGCUCCCUCAACGUCGACCUGAACGAGUUCCAGACCAACCUGGUGCCUUACCCCCGCAUCCACUUCCCGCUGGUCGCCUACGCUCCGGUUAUCUCGGCCUCGCGCGCCGCCCAUGAGGCCAACUCAGUCCAGGAGAUGACCAUGUCCUGCUUCGAGCCCAACAACCAGAUGGUCAAGUGCGAUCCCCGCAACGGAAAGUACAUGGCUACCUGUCUGCUGUACCGUGGUGACGUCGUUACCAAGGACGCGCACGCUGCUGUGGCCACGCUGAAGACCAAGCGGACGAUCCAGUUCGUUGACUGGUGCCCCACUGGAUUCAAGCUUGGUAUCUGCUUCGAGCCCCCGCAGAUGGUGCCCAACGGUGACCUGGCCAAGGUCGACCGCGCUGUCUGCAUGCUUUCCAACACCACGGCCAUCGCCGACGCUUGGUCUGCCCUGUCGACCAAGUUCGACCUCAUGUACUCCAAGCGUGCCUUCGUCCACUGGUACGUCGGUGAGGGUAUGGAGGAGGGUGAGUUCUCCGAGGCUCGCGAGGACUUGGCUGCGCUUGAGCGCGAUUACGAGGAGGUGGCCACGGACUCGAUUGGCGAGGACGAUGCCGGUGAGGCCGAGUACUAAGCAGCGCGGCACUGAGGCCGGGACCGGACCACGUUUUGUCAUAGUACUUACCGGCAUGGCUCGCGAGAGUUGGAGCACGGAUAUGAUGUCACCCGAUACCAGAAACCCCCAUAACAUACCCCAGCCCUGUCACAGCACCGAAUUCUGUCGAGUCUCUGAUAGCACCGAAGCCCGCAUUGAGUCGGCCUGUCUGGAGGAUGUCGGUGAGCCAGGAGCAUCAUGAGGAUCGACGUGGCCGUUCUACUUCGUUUUGGUCCGGCGAGAAAAAAGUGAUGAUAGCCCCUUUUUAAUUAAAUUACAACUGUUCUGAGUUUGCAAA